GUUCCAACAUUUCUCAGCAAACUGUACAAUAUGGUAAAUGACCCUGCAUCUACCGACCUUAUUCGAUGGUCUAAUGACGGAACCUCCUUCAUUGUUGAACGUCAUGAGGAAUUUGCUGCCAAAGUUCUUCCUCGCUUCUUUAAACACAACACCUUUGCAUCUUUCGUUCGUCAACUUAAUAUGUACGAUUUUCACAAAGUGCCUCAUAUCAUGCAGGGCGUCAUGGUCUCGGAAAACGAAGGCGAAGUCUGGGAAUUCAGUAAUUCCAAUUUUCAAAGAGAUCAACCGGAUUUACUCUUGCUCGUCAGCCGUAAAAGAACGAGAGACCGGGACGAAAAGGACGCCAGCUCUACGGAAUUGAGCCAACUGAUCAACGACAUUGCUUCCAUUAAACGUCAUCAAACCACCAUUAGCACUGAUCUUCGCAACUUACAGCGCGACAAUUUGAUCCUCUGGGAGGAUAACUUGGCCGCCCGUGAAAAACAUGAGCGCCAUCAAGACAUGAUUCAAAAAAUAUUACGAUUCUUGGCCAGCGUAUUU